AUGGGCGGCGAAAAUCUACACCACAUCAACUCGCUCGCUGAGCUGCAGUCGCUCUUCGCGUCAACUACAUACGUAGCAGUCGACUUCUACGCGGACUGGUGCGGGCCGUGCAAGGUCAUCGCGCCGCACUACGAAUCGCUUGCCAAGCAGCACGGCGUCCCGGGCUUCCUUGCUUUCGCCAAGGUGAACGUGGACACCGCGCAGGAUGCCGCGCGCGCGUUCGGUGUUACCGCCAUGCCUACCUUCCUCUUCUUCAAGGAGGGCCGCCAAGUCGCUGUAAACGGACAGGCUGCGAUUCGUGGCGCCGACCCCCGCUCUCUGGCUGCGGCUGCCGAGAAGUUGGGCGGCUUAGCGAAGAAGCGCAUGACGGAGGCUUAA